CGUUUUGCGCCGGCAAGAUGGCAGUUUUCAGAAGUUGGAGAUGGCUGCCAGGGGCUCGAUUGGGGCCGCAGUUCAUGCACAGCGAGGCCUCUGCGGCGCCUUCGGACGACCCCGUCGCCUCCCCCGCUUCUCUUUAUCCGCCCGUGGUGGCUUCACUUACCGCCAAGAGUAAGAUAGCCAAACUCCGGCGCCGGGAGGAAUACUUUAAAACUAUUCACAACGCGCCUACGGUUGAGGAGAAAUUGGCGAUCUACGGGAAACGGCAGCGCCGCAAGUACGUGGUCUACCCGCAGACCUGGGCUUUAAACGCAGAUCGCUGGUACCAGCAUUUCACGAAGACCGUCUUUGUGCCAGGACUGCCCGCUUCGGUGUCAGUAAGCGAAGAAGACAAGACAGACGGUUUGGAUUUGGCUGAGCUCCGCUCCCUUGUAUGCGAAGUGCUCCUUCAGGAGUAUUAUUACCAGCGCAAGAAGCCCCCCAAACUCUUCCGUGGUAGGGAACAAGGGCCAGCGCCUUUCAUUACCCACCUGGUGCCAAAGCUUGCAGCCCACCUGACUUGUCUCAACCCAGCGCUGGGUUCCUCUUCCAUCCUAGACUUUCAGCCUGAUGUACAUUUCUACUGGUUGCGUGGGGAGACAGUGGUUCCCCGAGGACACCGGCGAGGCAGGAUUGACCCGUUGAGAUUUCAGAUUGAUGAUAAGCCACGCUGUCAGAUUCGUAUAAGAAAGCAACUUUCAGAGUUUGAGCCUCUUGAUUACCUGGGCCCUGGAGAUAUUCCUGUUAUCCAGUAUUUACCUGACAAACUUCCAUUGUUCAAACGACAAUAUGAUAACAAAAUAUUUAUAGGUUCUCAAAUAUCAGAUCCAUGCUGCUAUGGGCACACCCAAUUUCAUUUGCUUCCUGACAGGGUGAAAAGAGAAAGGCUGAUAAAAUUGAAUCUCACUGAUCAGGUUGAUGUUCCAUAUCGAGCCAAUGCAGUUGCAAGCCUCUUUGCGUGGACUGGAGCACAAGCAAUGUGCCAAGGAUUCUGGAGUGAAGACGAUGUGACUCGACCCUUUGUAUCCCAGGCUGUUAUUUUCGAAGGAAGAUACAUUGCCUUUUUUUGUUACCAGUUAAACACCUUGGCUUUAACUGUUGAGGCUGACCAAAAUAAUCCAAGAAGGAACAUUUGUUGGGGGACUGAAAGUAAGCCCCUGUAUGAAUCAAUAGAAAAUAAUGAUGUGAAAGGUUUUAACGAUGAAGUCCUAGCACAGUUUGUUAAAUUUCUGUUAAACAAACCAAAGGAAUUAUGAUAAUCUGAUUAUUCUGAAAAUACCAAAAUAAAAUUAAGUGUUUAAACAUGUUAAACAUGAGGACCUGGAUUGUUGUUGGGGGCAAUAUGCUGACUC